AUGUCUCAAACAUAUCUUAUUACGGGUGCUUCUCGUGGUCUUGGUCUUGAAUUUGUGAAACAACUCUCAGCUCAAGGUCAUACGGUGAUUGCUACCGCACGUCAACCUGGUCAAUCUGAAGCUUUAUCCAGUCUUGUCGAUAACAAAAAAGUAUUUACUGUUCCUUUGGACACUACAAAUAAAGAUUCUAUCAAGAGCGCGUUUGAAAAAAUCAAAACCAUUUCAGAUGGUGUGGAUGUCCUAAUUAAUAAUUCUGGUAUCGCUGGACCUCGUGAAUUCGAUGUUCUUAACGUUCCUGGGGAAACAUAUACUGAAGUCUUCAAUACCAAUGUGAUUGGUACUUCAGAUGUCACUCAAGCAGCUAUACCUUUGUUACGUCAAAAGAAUACGCGAAAGAUCAUCAAUAUCUCCUCCAUCGUUGGUUCUGUUCAACUGAAUAUUUGUGGUGGUGGGAUACCUGCCUAUGGUGUCUCCAAAGCUGCUGAAAACUAUUUGACCAAAGCUUUUUCUAGUGCUCUCAAGGAUGAAAACUUUAUUGUUGUUGCUGUCCAUCCUGGUUGGGUCAAGACUGACAUGGGUGGUAGUAGUGCUUCUAUUACGACUGACGUCUCCAUUGCUGGCAUUAUCAAUGAAAUCAACAAGCUUACCAAAGAAAAGAAUGGUACAUACUUUGAUUACUCUGGAAAGACUCUUCCUUUCUAG